GCACACGCCGCACACGCCGCACGUCAAGACCGAGGAGCAGAUCAAGACUGAGAGCAACGAUACUGUGACGUCAAUGUGCACCGACGAAGACGACGAGGUGUUUGAGUGCGAAGAGACGGUGACUUCGGGCCCCGAGGCCGGCACCAACCGUCGCUCGCACAGCCUAUCCUCGCUCAACCAGACCGGCGCACCAGACAAGAAGGAACGUCGCAUCAGGCGGCCGAUGAACGCGUUCAUGAUAUUUUCGAAGCGACACCGCCAGAUGGUGCACCAGCUGCAUCCCAACCAGGACAACCGCACCGUCAGCAAGAUCCUCGGCGAGUGGUGGUACUCGCUCAAGCCCGACGAGAAGCAGAAAUACAAUGAGCUGGCCAGCGAGGUGAAAGAGGCUCACUUCAAGGCGCACCCCGAAUGGAAAUGGUGCAACAAGGAUCGACGCAAAUCAUCAAGCAGUAGGGACCCAACGGGAUCUAUGCCUCAGAGCCCGCGCACGCCUUCCGAGCUGGUCAUGAGCAGCGCUGUUUCCGCCGCCUGUGACGUCACGACGAGCACGUGCACGUACACGCAACUUCCGUCCCCGCAUCAUAGCGACGACGACCAUCACGUGGUAACACAAAUACCAGAAGAUAAUCAUAUGGUACAGCAGAGCAGCACAGAAAUAGACCUGAAAUGCGGCGAGAAAGUGAACGAUUCGGACUCCGAGGGUGUGGACACGAGGGAGUUUCUCACUCACCACGACCACACCAGGCGACCCAAGGCCAUCAAGGCUAGGGCUGGCUCCUCCGACAAUCUCUUGGGUAUCACAGCUUCAAGUCCUGGCGGUUCCAAAGUGUUCCAGCCAACUGGCGGUGCCUUCAAAUCUAUGCACUCUGAUAGUGGCGACAGUCACAGAAAUUGGACAGCGUUCACCGCUGUGAAGAACAUGAGUCAACCUGCGACCCCCCACGCGGUGACGUCGCUCUCCCAGUCCAACCCUGGCCUCAGCACACAGACCAGCAUGGCUCAGACUGCGCUGGAUAACGCUAUCGCCUCCAUCAUCAACUCGCCGACCGCCACUAGCGGCGUGCAAGUCAUAUCAACGGGCGUCUCGCAUUCGAUUAACUCUACUUCAUCGAUAUCGACACCGAAUUCGAUCAGUAAUGCGCUAUUGAAGAGCGUCACGUUGGUGAAGAGGAACAAUGGCGACCAUGCUACAGGUCCAAUAACCCUGUCGGUGGACUCGUCCGGCAACCUGUUCAUCAAGACGAGUCAGGUGAGCGACCCGCCCGCAGCCGACCCAAGCCCCGCCCUCCACUACGUGCAACUACAGCGGCUCUACGUGCCUUCCUUCACCCAAGAAUCAGAAGCGAACAAGAACUCGCGGGAGAAUGUGACUCCGCAGAGCGCGCCCUCCGUCAUCGUGUCGCAGAAUAACAACAGCCUCAACAACAACACAAUGCCGCUCAAAUCUAACACCGAGUGGGAGCAGGAAAGCGACACGCCUCGUCCCUUCCCGCUCGCUCCAACACCGGCUCAACUCGGCCGAGCGCCGCUACAGAAGAGGCUCAGCAGAGGGACAUCGACCGGUUCAACCGGCAGUUGUGAACAGAUCGUUCCACGCUCAGAGAGCGGUGCGGUGCCGCACAACGACACGCAAACGGAAAACUCUGGGCCGCUCCCCUCGCCUAAGAAGAUGGAUAAUCUGCCGAGCCCUUCGCUCAAGAAGAGCUUGUUCAAGAAGGGCAAUGAGGAUGGAAGAGACAAGGUACUGGAGACAGUGAACUUCGAGCACAAGUUCAGUUCACUCCCGCAGUUCAAGCCCGAGGCGUGUAGCCCCGGGGGCGUGGUCCCGCGCAGUCCGCAGAUCUACGCGCUGCGGAAGAAACACGCGAACAUUGCGGAUGAAGAAACCACUGUGAUCACGCCCCAGGUAGAAGCGGAAGUGAUGAACGGGAACGGAAUCCCGACCCCGCACUCGUUCGGGACGCCGCAUACAACCACUAAGCUUGUGGGGAACACGUUCUUCGGUCCCGACUUCAAUAUUGAUAGCUUUAGAGUGUCGGAGAGCGUCGAGGACAUGUCCCCUCGCACGCCUUGCUCAGCGGGAGGGCCGGGAGCGGGGGGAGCGCGGGGCGAGGCGGGCCACCGCCGCGUGCUGGAGCAGCGGCGCCACCUGGUGCUGAAACUGUUCCACGAGCACGGCAUGUUCCCGAGCACACAGGCCACCACCGCCUUCCAGGCUUCUCACACGGAUAUAUUCCCGACGAAGGUAUCGCUGCAGUUGAAGAUCCGCGAGGUACGGCAGAAGUUGAUGGCGCAAAGCAACCUUACGCCGCACUCCGAACUCAAUACGCCAACCAAUGUGAAUUCGCCGCUUGUUUCCGCAGUAUUGCAGCCAACGUCAACUGCCAGUUAGCAAUUACAAGAUUGUAUACAGAAAAAUAUUAUGGAGCAUUCAAACUGAAGAUAUCUUUGCUGUUUCUAAGAGUCUGUUAGUUUGUAUUGGUUGAGGCGAGGCAAUAAGUGUUGCCAUUAUAUUGCCGGUCAGAAACAAUGUUGCCAGCUAAGUGAUGAAUGAUUUGAUAGUUUUAUUGGGGGGUUUUUAUUGAAGGUUUUGGUGCACCAAUGUUACUAAAGUUGGAUAUCAUCACAGAUACUUUAAAGUAUGUAAGUCCUUGUUUGUACAAGAAAGAAAUUAAGUAUUACCUGUUAGAAAGUGUGGUGAUUAUUUUUUCUCGAGAAGUGUGUCUACCAAAAUCUUUGAAGCAAAAAUUACACACUACAUAUUUGUCAAAAAAGAACUGUGGAUGAUUUAAGCAAGAUGUAAUGAGUACAUAUAUGGGGGUAUUUGUAUAUACAGCAAAUGUAUGGAAUCAUUUCUUUAAAAAUGUUUCAAUUAAUGUUUUUUUUUGAGAUCAAGAUCUUGAUAUAUAAGAAAUUGUUCUUAUCAAUCAUAAAGCCCAGUGUAACAAAAGUUAAAGUGUAAUGUUUGGUUUUGGUUUAUAGUUAACAAAAUGUUUUUUGUUUCCUCAUCAGCUCAAACUCUGUACCUUAAUAUAAAUUCCAUAGCAAGAAGGCAAUUAGAUUUGAGAACUUGUGUUCUUUUCUAUUAGAGAUUGCUAGAAAGCAUUUAAGGAAAGAUGUUUAAUUGGUUGUAAACGUAAUUAGCUAAUAACAAUAUUAAUUAAGGUUGCAAAAAUAUAAAAAUAAAAAACAAAUAAAAAUGUUUGUGAAUGACUGACUGCAAGUGGAUGUGAUUCAUCUUUGAAUUAAUUAAUCUUCCCCUCUCUAUAAUAUUAGUAUUCACUGCACUUUAUUCUGUACAAUAUCUCUGUAACAAACAGUAAAUCAGUUUUAAAUCAAUAGGUAAUUAUUAUCAUAUUAUAAUCAUUUUCUUAUGUAUAGAAAAUUUUAGAAUUUGAAUAUCAUUGAAAAUUAUAGAUAUUAUUUUGAUAGUAAAUCUGAAUUUUAUUUGUUUAUUAUAUUGUUUCGUAAACACUUGGGAGGUUUGUGUUUUUCUUUUUAUUAUGCACUUGAUUUUAGUUAAAUGUGCGAGUUUGACAUUAUAGUUUUUAUAUUAUACUCAUAUGUGCACGAUCUCAAUGUUUUAUUUGUAUUUUGUUGAGUAUAUAAUUCUUAUCUAGAUAUAAUAUUUGUAUAAUCAGAUUUAUGUACAAUUAUUAAUUGAUCUUAAGUUUAUAUUGUAGAUAUUUGUGUUCAUUUGUUGUGUGUUUUAUCACAGAAUUCCAAAUGUAGUAAUGACAUGUGUACACUGAUUGCAUUUGCAUGUUAAUAUUUUAAACAUUGACAUCAAAUAUUAUUUUUUAACAUCAAAAGUUUCAUAUAACUGCCCUUUGUAUCUAUUCUGUACUGACUUUUCUUUAUUAUUAUUUCAUAACUAUUACUUUAUAUUGACCAUGUAUUUCAGUUUUUGGUAUUAAAAUUCCUUUAUUUUCUAUGUAGGUUGGAAUACUGACAACCCCAAUACUUAUUAUGUUUAGGAAUAGGUCUUCAUUGCACUGUGUAAAUUGUAGAUGUAUAAUAUGCAAUUGUAUUUGGUGUGCACUGAUGUUGAUGCAAUAUAGUAGUGGGUUUAGCCUUAUUAAAUAUCUUGUAUAUUAAAAGGGCUAGAAAUUUGGUGCAAAAUUGAUGUAUUCUUCAUAGGAAAAGAUUACUUUCAAACCUAUUUUUUAAUAGCAAAGGUGUGUAAGUUUCGAGGAUUAUUAAAUAACACUAGUAAUACUUUAUCUUUUAGGUCUUAUCAGUUUCUAUUUAUGUUGUGAUGUUCGUCUUCCACGGUUUAUAAAAUCACUUUUAUAAAAUGUCUACUUAUUUAUCUAAAUGACUAGAGAAUUGGUGGAGAGAGGAGUUUGGUCCCAUAUGCCAUUUUUUAUGUUACAUGUAAUUCAUAUCUUAAUUUAAUCAAUUUGUUCAUUUUGUCCAAUAAUAUAGUUAUCCACUAAUAAGCUUUGUUCACAGCAAGAGAAACAACACAAACAGAACACAUGGGUAAUGAAACAGACAUUUAGACACAGACUAAUGUUCAAUCACAUAUGUAUAGAUACCAUUAUUCUUAUUACAGACAUUUUUGUAAAAGGAUUGGUAUCAUCCAUUUUCCCUUUUCUAAAUUGUCAUUCACACAUAAGCACUUUCGAUAAUGCCAAGUAAGAUUUUCUUACAUAAAGUGGACAAACACCUUUAUAUAUUUUUUUCUGUUCUAAAGUUUGCAAAGGUACUAGUAGAGUGUAAGUUGUAAAUGAAGAGUUCUUUGUUUGCAUAAAACUUUCAACAUAAGUAGAUUCUUGUCCGUUUCAUUACCUUCAUGUGGCGUGUCCCAAAUCAUUGUCUCAAAUGAAGCUGCAGUUGUAAAGACAGUGGUUGAUGGAAUCAGCUCAAAUUAUUAUCGACAUUAGUUAAAUCAAUACUUAUACAUUAACAAUCUCACUUGUAAAUAUGAUUAGUGUAAUUUUAUAACAUAGAGUUAAGUUUCCAGGCUCUCAAAGUAAUUAAGAAUUAAUGAUGCUAAUAUUAGAUGAGAUACUAUUAUAUAUUAUGAUAGCUAUUUAUAUAUAUGUGAAAUUUUCGGCCAAUACAAAUUGUAUCAAAAUUGUAUUUUUUAAAUGAUCUCUUUCGAGUUAGAUGUAAUUGCUUUAGGAGUCCGGAAGUGCAGAGAAUUUAUUAAAAUUAUUAUGUAAUUUAAGAGAAUAUUUUCGCACUGUUGAAACUUCUUUAUAGUUGUGUAGUUUUAAAGUUAAUGCGAAACUCAACGACCCGAGUACCGAAUACAGAUGAAACGACUCUAAUUCUACUCCUUGAGAUUGAACGAUAUAUACAAAUGUGAAACUUAGUCAAUUCGCAAAUGAUUGUUGUUCAUAUUAUACAGAUAUGUAUGCAUUAUAUUGUUACCAUAUAAAGUACAUAAUGUUGUUUGUUUGUGAAGGUAGUUUCAAUUUUCAUAGCACAAGAUGUUGUGGUACAUAAUUAUAAUAUUUACAAAAUAAUUAAGUCUCUUUGUCAAUAAACCAAGUUGAGUAUUCAUAGAUAGUUGGUACCUUCACACAACAAACUCCUAUGGUGGAACAAGAGUACAGGGGCUACAGUUAUUCACUUAUUUUAUUACAAAAAUCCAUUCGGAUUGGAAUAUUUUAGUAUCUAUUUGAUAUAUCAUAGAUACAACAUAAUACUAUAACAAAACCGUAAUUCAGUUAUUGUUACAUGAGCAAUAGUGAUUAAAUAUAACUUGUAAGAAAAUAUUUAAUACAUAUUACUGGAUGUUUUAUGAAGUAUGAAGUCAUACAAUGAAGCACUUAUAUGUUGUGGUAGUACUCUUGAAUCACUAGAGAAGUUUUUAUUAUAUCAUUAAUUAAACUAUAUUUUUAAAUAUGGGUAGAAGUGAAAUUGAGUUACACUACUUCUCUCUCACAGGCGACAUUUUGAAGAUUAUUUAAUAUGUGCCACUGUGUUAAACAUGUAAACAGAUGUCAUAAAUAAGGAAAUAAAAAAUAUAGAGAAUCCAAAGAUUUGUUUUGUAUUCAACUUAUAAAUAUCCAUAUUAUUUUAGUGUUACAGCUAAAUCACAUUCAUCAGAUUACUAAUUGAUAGUUGUAACUUCAGUUUAAAUUUUAAAAUUAUCAAACAAAUUAUUAAUCACUUUCAAAAUUGAUUUCAUCAGAAAAACAAAGUAAUGAAAAAUAAUAUUAAUAAGGUAAUGAAAAGAAGUACUUGAUGAUCAGGAUUAACAUAUUGCAUUAAUUACAUAUUAAUGUGGUUGCUACUUGUUAAUUAUAUUGACAGAGUAUGUUAUAAAAUUAUUAAAAGCUCAUAUUAUUGCAUGCAUGCACAUGCAUUACCUGUCUAUUCUCAAUUUUCUAAGAUAUGGAGCACACCAUUAUUGCUGAGCAAAAUAGAAUGGAAUAUUUUUUUUAUAUUACUUAUUUAUUGUUUCAUAUAUUACCAUGACAGAAACACAAAAACAGUUAAAACAAACUCAUUAAACACAUUUAAAUAUUCAUCAUUACAAACAAUGAUGUUCUAUACAUAUAGACAAAUCAUGUCAUAUAAAAAUCAAAUCAUAUAAAACAUAAAAAUAUGUUGAAUUUAGAACCUGAUUCGGACCGUGUCAGUUCAUAUAUGAUUAAGGAGAAAAGUGUGCUUAGAUUUUCUUUAAUCACACUUGCUGUUCCACUGUCAGAAUGUGAAUGAUAUGUGCUUGAAUGUGUAUAGAAUGUCAUUGAUUACAAUAGUAAAUACGGACUUAUUUUGCUUCUGAAUUUGUAUUUCACUUUUACUUUGUGUUUGAAGGGUUGUCAUCAAUAUUUUAGUGUAUUAUUAAAUAUGAAAUUUUUUUAUAACUGCAUAUGUAUAGUGCCUUAAUGACUUUCAACUUGAAUGUUAAAUAAUUGGUUCACAGCUAGACCUUGUUUUGUCAAUGCACAUUAGGUAUGCAGUUAAUUUUAGACUGAAUUAUUUUGCUUGUGCAUAACAAUUAAUGUUAUAUUUUAAGAUAUAGUGAUAAUUUCAAAAAAAUCUACAUUUUAUUGACGCAUUUCAUAUUUGUUAUUUAUUUGAUUCUAAAUAAGGUAUUAGUCUAAAUGUUUAGUCGGAAUGGCGUAAUGUAUAUAUCUUGGUUAGAACAGUUUAUAUAGAAGUAAGUGUUCAAUUUGAUGUACUACCUCCUAGAAGGUAUACACAUAAUAUCAUUUCAAAAUGGAAGGUUUUUUUGUUAAAUCCAAAUUAAGGACCAAUAUUUAGUAUCAGUUAAAAAGAUAAAUGUUAAUGACACAAAAAAGCAGGUACAAUAUUGCAUGGAUGUUGUGUUGAGCAUAUUGGAUCAUUGUCAAAUUAUGUUAAAUGAUAAACCUCAAAACAA